AUGAGGACGCUUCCCCCCCACUCCUCUCCUGCCCGCCCGCCCGUCCCCGUCGUCCCUCCCCUCUCCGUCGUCCACCGCUGCCACUGCGAGCUCGGCUCGGCCCCGUCUCGCGAGAUAUUUCUACGGGACGGCACCCGCGUUGCCCCGCCUCGCCGUCCCGCGCGCACCAGCCCGCCCGGGGGAAGCCAUGAACUGCCUCCAGAACCUGCUAAAGCGAUGGUUCGCGGCGGCAGUCGCCGAUCAAACACCGUCAAAACUGCACCAGGGGCGUCCACUUCUGGUGCCGAGAGCAGCGCCGUGGAGAUGGGCACCGAGAAGUCUGAAGUGUACACCACUAACAUGACGCAGGCUAUGGGAGCAGCGUUGACAUAUAGACAUGAACUUGGAAUGAACUACAAUUUCAUACGCCCAGAUUUGAUUGUAGGAUCCUGCUUACAGAGCCCACUUGAUGUUGAUAAGCUUCGGAAGAUUGGUGUAAAAACUGUAUUCUGCUUGCAGCAAGAUUCAGAUCUUGAAUAUUUUGGAGUUGACAUCGGUGCCAUUCAAGAUUAUUCUCUUCAAUUCAAAGAUAUCAUGCACUGCCGUGCUGAAAUUAGGGAUUUUGAUGCUUUUGAUUUGCGAUUGAGGCUUCCUGCUGUGGUUAGCAAACUGCACAAGCUUAUCAACUGUAAUGGUGGUGUAACAUAUAUACAUUGUACUGCUGGACUUGGAAGAGCUCCUGCUGUUGCAUUGGCUUAUAUGUUCUGGAUUCUUGGGUACAGUCUCAACGAAGGACAUCAGCUGCUGCAGAGUAAACGGGCUUGCUUUCCAAAGUUGGAAGCCAUUAAGUGGGCAACUGCUGACAUUCUGACAGGAUUAUCCAAAAACACAAUCACUUUGAAGUGGGAAGACGAUGGUUCUUCCACUGUUGAAAUUUCUGGGCUCGACAUUGGCUGGGGCCAGAGAAUUCCUUUGACAUAUGAUGAGGAGAAAGGAGCUUGGUUUCUUGAGAAAGAGUUGCCUGAAGGACGGUACGAAUACAAAUACAUAGUGGAUGGCAAGUGGCUAUGCAACGAGCAUGAGAUGUUAACGAAACCGAAUGCUGAUGGGCACGUGAACAACUAUGUCCAGGUCAUCAGAGACGGUACCAGUGACGAAGAGAAGGAGCUAAGGGAGCGGUUGACUGGUCCAGACCCUGAUCUCACGGGCGAGGAAAGGCUGAUGAUCAGAGAGUACUUGGAACAGUACGCGGAUGCCGGGGAGCGCUAG